AUGGCGUCUCCUCCUCCUCCGCGCUCCAGGAAUCUCAGCCUGGCGAAAGAGACUCUAGCAGGUAGCUCCUAUCUUGACGAUCAUCUCGAGUACAAGUCGCAUCAGUCAGGACCCUCAACGAGCAUCGAUGGCAUCCUCGACCAGCCUGACAGAAGUCUUCGGAAUACCUUGUCAAGCACCUCGCUCGUGUCGAGAAGAUCCAUCAGUGCAAUCAGUCCAUCGCCUAUAAUGACUCAAGAUAGCGGGACUGUCUAUACAAUUUCUCAUACCAACUGCGUCCGGGAGCCUGGCGAUGCUGCCAGACUGGUCGCCACGAUAUACUACAAUUCAGCCUCUCCCAGACACCCACAUAUCCAUCCCGACCAGUCUCCUCCUGUGCGACCAACGGACCCAUACCCAAUGCCUGAAAUAGCAGAGGGUUCAGCACCGACCACAAGCUUCUCUGAGUAUCCGCUGGAACCGCCUGCUCCAGAACCCGAACCGCUCGACCAUCUCUACGGAGCUUACAUCUCUCAACUGUGUUUGACUCACUUCCUUGCCACCCUCGACAGUCUUCUGAUACACAACAAAUCCGAGGAACGACGACUCAUCACUUCCCAUCGAUGUCUUGCGCCUGACCCGGUCAAGCCUAGGGUCGUGGAAGUGACCUUUUCGCCUCCUCCAAACCCCGAAUACCUUCCCUCUUCACUCAUCUCGAAACACGAGUCGAUCUACAAGUUUGAGCGAGAAUGGAAUUGCGAGAUUGUGUUGCAGCCGUCGACCGUGUAUCGUCGUCACAAACGCCUGUGUGUGUUCGACAUGGAUUCCACCCUGAUUCAACAAGAGGUGAUUGAUGAAAUCGCCGCUUUUAUUGGCGUGAAAGAGGCCGUGGCGGCCAUCACUGAGCGUGCCAUGAAUGGCGAGCUGGAUUUCGCCGCUUCGCUUAAGGAAAGGGUAGCCUUACUGAAAGGUGUCCCUAGCCAUGUCUUUGAGCAUCUCAAGCCAAAACUCGUCAUCACCCCAGGCGCAAGAGAGUUAUGCAAAUGUCUGAAACGGCUCGGUUUUACUCUGGCUGUCCUGAGUGGCGGGUUCCAGCCUCUUGCCGAGUGGCUCGCAGGUCAACUCGGGCUGGACCACGCUUUUGCCAAUCAUCUGGUCGUCGACCCUGAAACCGAGACGCUGACUGGCGAACUCGACCCGGCUCAUCCGAUUGUUGAUUCCCAGCAUAAGCGGAACUUGCUGAUCAGCCUGGCCGCCGGAAGGGAUAUCCCAUUGGCGCAGACCAUGGCUGUCGGUGAUGGAGCUAACGACAUUCCCAUGCUCCAGACCGCAGGGUUGGGCGUGGCAUGGAGGGCAAAGUCUAAGGUCCAAAUGGAAGCUCCUGCGAGAUUAAACAUUGGGGAAAGCAUGCUCGAUUUGAUCUAUUUGCUGGGCCUGACCAAGGAGGAGGUCGACGAGCUUCUGAAAGAUUGA